AUGUUGAGAAUUUCCGUGUGGUUCAGUUGUGUUGUUCUGGUGUUUGGGAGAUAUCCCACUUCUGAUAAUAAAGAUGAGUUGGAAACAAGAGAUUUAGGAGCUAGGAUUUCUGAUAAUAUUGUGGAAGAUGCUAACCUAGAUGUGGGAGGCCUGGUCAAGAAAUAUGGCUACCCAUACGAAGAGCACCACGCAAUUACUCAAGACGGUUACAUCUUGACUCUUCAUCGCAUUCCUCACGGACGAGACCAGAAUAACACCCCUGGACAACGCCCAGCGGCGCUCGUGAUGCAUGGCAUUACCAGUUCAUCAGCUGACUUCGUUCUUAUGGGUCCAGGGACUGCGUUAGCUUAUAUCCUAGCAGAGGCUGGUUAUGAUGUCUGGUUAGGUAACGCGCGAGGAACCUACUACUCUAGGCGACAUCUUACUCUAAACCCAAACAACGGUAAAGGAACCUUCUGGGACUUCUCCUGGGAUGAAAUUGGCAACAUGGACUUGCCAGCCAUGAUCGACCUCAUUUUAACACAAACUGGACAGUCACGCCUGCAUUACCUUGGCAUGUCGCAAGGGACGACCGUUUUCUUUGUUAUGGGGUCUCUUAGACCAGAUUAUAAUAGGAAGAUCAUCUCCAUGCACGCGUUGGCUCCAGUAGCAUAUCUGGCACAUAACCAGAAUCCUUUAUUCGGUUUGUUGGCGCCGCAUAGAAAAGAGUUAGAAGCACUUUUGGGAGACCUUGGCUUAAAGGAGCUUUUCCCUAGGAGUCCCAUUUUCACCUGGCUGGGAAUGAAUGUGUGUGCUGAUGGAAAGCCUUUUCAACCCUUGUGCAGUGGUCUUGUCUUCUUCUUCGCCGGAUGGAAUCCUGGUCCGCAGCAUAAUGCAACAAUGUUUCCAGUAAAACUGGGUCACACCCCGGCAGGUUCAUCGGCUCGGCAGCUCGUCCACUUCGGUCAGAGUAUAGUGGAGAAGACCUUCCAAAGAUACGACCAUGGUGAGGUGAUAAACCUCAUAGUAUACGGUUCAAGAACACCACCAAACUACAACCUCAACCAGCUGAAAGCACCAGUGUAUCUUCACUAUUCAGCGCAGGAUCCGUUCGCAAAUCUGAAUGACGUUGAACGCUUGUACAGGGAACUAGGUGGUCCGAAGUUCAAAGUGAGGGUUCCAGAACCUACUUUCAGUCAUGCGGACUUCAUGUGGGGCCAGAAAGCGAAAGAAGUUGUUUACGAUAAAGUUAUUGAGAUCAUGAAGACUUACGAUAACGCGUUGUAA